AUGACAAUCACCAAAGAAGGACUCCACCUCCUCGACACCCCCCUCCCCUCCUCCUCCCUUCUAACCCUCCUCUCUCAACAUCUCCCGCACUCCCUCCCCGUCCUCCGCCGUCUUCAAUACGCGGCGAAUUUUCCCGAUAACGGCCUGGGAACUACGCCUUAUAGUCAUGUACUUUAUGCUUCCAGGUUUUCGGUUGAGGAGUGCUUGGCCACUCGUGAAGGGAAGGCGGAUGGGAAGGGAGAAGGAAAGCCAGAAAGGAAGCACUUCGCAGCUGCCUUUGUGGACUUGAGCAGGUUUCCUGAGACGCAAGUCUGGGUUUAUUCCUCGUUGGAGGAUUAUGGGGUUUUUGAUCCCGAGGCUGGCCCAGGCACCGGUGUUUCUUCCGCGGACGUGUUUGGGUCGCAUAGCUUGCCGGAGGAAGAGGCGAGGGAGUGUGAUGGGUAUCUGUUGGCGCUGUUGAGAAGGAUGAAAACUAUCGCUCAACAAAUGCCUGUUCACCUAGAAGGUCUCGGCGAGGGGGCGAUGGCUGAGACAAGACAGAAGAACUGGAUGGGGGCUAGGGAGUAUUUGUGCAUGAACACCCCCUCCCCCUCUAUUACCACUUCCGACUCCGAACCAAGGCCCGGGCCAGAACAAGGGCCAAAAGUCAUGAUCGGUUCCCUAGCCGAAAUCCACCGCCACCGCCUCUUCCUCUCCCCCAACCCAACCCUUGGACAUACCGUCAAAAUGCACAAAACAGCAAACAUACCCGAUGAUAUCGACUGGGAAGUUUGCCAGAAGUGGUUAUUCCGCACUGAAUCACUCGUCUUUUCGCCAGAGAAGGAAGCUUUGCUGGAGAAGACGAUGGCGGAAGAAGGGCUGGUGUGGGAUUCGGUGAGAACCCCAAAAGAUGUGAGGUUGGUGCAGAGUAGGACGGCGAUUAAGAGGCAGGAGGAUACACUUUUGGGGUUGCCUAGUGUUGCUAUUCGUAAGAUUACUGGUGGGGGGGAGAGGGGUGAAGAGGGUAUUGGGCAUGGGGAGGAAAAGGGCAAGGAAGGGGAGAUGGUUGCUUGGGGAUUCAUGGCGCUUGAUGGGACGCUGAUGACUUUGCAUGUUGAGGAUCAAUACCGCGGAAAAGGCCUAGCAAAGGCAGUAGCCUGCAAAGUCAUGACGGAUCACAUCAGAGAUUACGGCAACGACGGGUGGGGAGCAGCAGACGUUUUUGUGGAUAAUGUUAGGAGUCAGGGAGUUUGUAAGAGUAUUGGAGGGCGGGUUGGGUGGCUGUUAUCUUGGGCUGUUGUUGAUUUGGCUACCGUUGGUAAUGCUUUGUAG